UAAAGAACUAAAUAGUCGAGUUAAGAAUUACGCCGUAUUUAGCAGUUAGAAAACUUGUUUUUCAACUUUUUUAGUAAAUCUUGAUUUGUUACUUAAUAGCUAGUCGACAGUAAUAACUUUUUCUUCUCUGAAAAGGGUAUAACAAAAAACAUUUAAAUUAAAUGAACAGAACAGUAGGCUGCAGAACAUAUAACUAAAUAUUACAUAUUUAAUCAUCUUGGUUUUUAUUUAAAAAAAAAAAUUAUUUAUACAUUGCUGCCCUUAUAUAAAUAUUAUUGCGAAUCGUUUCGGUACCAAAAAAUCGAAUAAAAAAUAUUAUGUAUUUACUACAAUAUUUGUAACGAUAAGUACAUGAAUAUGUAUUGAAUGAAUAACUAACGUAAGUGAAUGGCGUUACCGCGAUAAAAGCGCAAAUGUCAGUAAUUGUGACACUAAGGGCACCUAAUAUAAGAAAAUAUUUUACAUUUCGACCAUAUAGCACAAUGGAAUGGACUUUACCGAAAUUAGUAAAGAGAAUUUUGCCGCCUUUAGAUGGAACUCUUCAUAAAGGACAGGCUGGUAGAAUUGGUAUUGUAGGGGGAUCAUUGGAAUAUACAGGAGCCCCAUAUUUCGCUGGAAUAAGUGCUUUAAAGGUUGGAGCCGACUUAUUACAUAUCUUUUGUUCAACACCAGCAGCUUCAGUUAUAAAAUCAUAUAGCCCAGAGUUAAUUGUUCAUCCCUUACUGGAUCAACCAAAUGCAAUUGACAAGAUUACGCCAUGGCUUGAAAGACUCCAUGUUUUGGUUAUUGGGCCAGGUUUGGGUCGGGAAAUUGACACAUUUACUGUAGUAUCUCAACUCAUUAAAUUAAUCGGCGUUAAACAAAUACCACUCAUUAUUGAUGCAGAUGGACUAUUUUUAAUAACAGAAAAACCUGAGCUAUUGGAGAAUUUCUCUUCACCAGUGAUAUUAACACCAAAUAAAAUUGAAUUUGAAAGGCUUUACAACAAAUUGAGUACUUCGGCCGGUUUGGCGGAAUUGGGAAAAAAUGUAACAAUAUUAAGGAAAGGCCAAACGGAUGAGUUGCUUUGCUACCAUUCUAAUCUACAGUGGAAGAUCAAUACGGGGGGUUCUGGGAGAAGAUGCGGUGGACAAGGUGACAUUCUUUCGGGAUCCAUAGCAACAUUUCUACAUUGGGCAAUUAAUUCAUCAAAUAAAAUUGAGAUAGGUGUCAAUGUCGAUAAAAUGUUAUUAUUGUCCUCAUUAUCAUGUUUCGCUGCUGCUAAACUCGUGAGAUUGUGUAAUGAAAAGGCAUUUAAAGCUAAAGGGAGGAGCAUGUUGGCUGUGGAUAUGAUUGAAUACAUACACGAAUCAUUUCAGGAACUCUAUGAGAACUGACACAAAUAGAUAUAACACAAGGUGCGAUAUUAAACAAUUCAUAUUAUAACUUGUUAUUAAGUGUAGGUAAUAACAUUUUACAUCUAAUAAAUGUUUCUAACACAAA